GGGACCUUUUCCCAAGUCCCGAGGUCCGGUCGUUUACCCACCUAGGUGUCCCCGCGGGGCCCCUCCGCCCACGCGCCCCGGGUGGUGCCAUGUGGGGCGGACGUCUGUGGUCCUCCUCGCCCUCCUCCUCCUCGUCGUCCUCCUCCCCCACCCUUCUGCAGCUGCUGCUGGCGGCGCUGUUGGCGGCGGGGGCGCGGGCCAGCGGGGAGUACUGCCACGGCUGGCUGGACGCGCAGGGCGUCUGGCGGAUCGGCUUCCAGUGUCCCGAGCGCUUCGACGGCGGCGAUGCCACCAUCUGCUGCGGCAGCUGCGCCUUGCGCUACUGCUGCUCCAGCGCCGACGCGCGGCUCGACCAGGGCGGCUGCGACAACGACCGCCAGCAGGGGGGCAGCGAGCCUGGCCGCUCGGACAAAGACAGCCCGGACGGCGCCGCAGUGCCUAUCUAUGUGCCCUUCCUCAUCGUGGGGUCCGUGUUCGUGGCCUUUAUCAUCCUGGGAUCUUUAGUGGCCGCUUGCUGCUGCAGAUGUUUGCGGCCCAAGCAGGAGCCGCAGCAGAGCCGAGCCCCUGGAGGCAAUCGAUUGAUGGAAACGAUUCCCAUGAUUCCAAGUGCCAGCACCUCUCGUGGGUCCUCCUCCCGCCAAUCGAGCACCGCUGCCAGCUCCAGUUCCAGUGCCAAUUCGGGUGCCAGAGCUCCCCCGACAAGGUCACAGACCAACUGCUGCUUGCCAGAAGGGACCAUGAAUAAUGUAUAUGUCAACAUGCCAACUAAUUUCUCGGUGUUGAACUGUCAGCAGGCUACCCAGAUUGUGCCCCACCAAGGACAAUACCUGCACCCUCAGUAUGUGGGCUACACAGUGCAACAUGACUCCAUGCCCAUGACACCUGUGCCACCCUUCCUGGACGGUCUGCAAACUGGGUACAGGCAGAUCCAGUCUCCUUACCCCCAUGCCAGUAGCGAACAGAAGAUGUACCCAGCGGUGACUGUAUAAACUCAUGGACCACAAAACUGGCUUUCAGUACCUAAGAUGAACAGGCAGGAAAGACUCUGGGAAUGGAUCCACCAACAGUCCAUUGGUAAAGAGUUCUCUAAAUGGAAGUCCUUGAAUGUUGGACAGCAUUUUUGGGGAAAGCAUUUCUUUUUGAUGGGCUCAUUUGCUCCAAACUCUAUGACAAUUUCUCUCAAUUAGCAUUUCCAGAUAUGUUUCAUUCCAAUGCAUGAUUUUUAGUGGGGAAAAAAGAGAUUAUGUUGAAGGUGUACAUGCUUUUUUGAUAGCUCUGUGUGUGUGUAUAUGUGUGAGUGUAUGUGUGUGGGUGUGAGCGUGAGUUGUGAAAGAGAGAUGCUUGAGCCAACAAGUGCCCUUUAGGUACAGUAGUCAAAAGAAUUUUGUGAGUUACUAGAGUAAGGUGGUUUCUUUUUCUCCUCCACUCCCACCCCUUAACUGUAUGAGAUCAUGAUGUUGGUUACCUCUUUUUCCCUUAUUUUGUAGACAAUCAAAUUGGCAGUGGAAAACAAUGUAAUGCAAUCAUAAAUGAAAAACCUGUUUUCUACCUGGAACUGUCCACUGGGGCUCAGCAUUUCCCAGGCACAUCUUAGUUUCAAUGUAAAUUUAUGUAUUUUGUCUAGUUUUGUGAUUGUGAAAAGCUCCUUUAGUUACGUAGUAAUCUUAUGACAAAAUGGGUUUUUUUACAUAUAAAAAAAUCACCCUUCACUGAAAUAUGGUAUAGAGGCUUUACCAAGGAAGACUCUGGGGUUAUUUUUAAUCUUGAUGAAGAUUAAAGAAGGGUGGAACAGCAAUAAAACCAUGAAUUCUCUUCCUGAUUGUCUUUUAAUCUGACUUUACCAUACAUCUAAUAAGAUACAACACUUGGUUAUUCAUCUUAGUGAUAUUUUAUGCUUUCAAUUAAAAAAAAAAUCAGUUGCUGCCGUCCCGGGUUACUUUUUGCUGUGGGAGGUUGUCCAUUUCAGCAUUUCAUUCUGCUUGGGUUGUCAGAGGCUGAAUUCCUGGACAGUAGUGAGUGCAUUUCAGCUGUAGAUGAAAAAAGGGUCAAUAUUUCUGCCUAGAUCUGAUGAGAACGAUUUACUGUUUACCUGUGAUCAACAAGAUAAAACCAUCUACAAAUUUACUUAAUAGGACUUUUCUGCCAUGAUCCAAGUGUUGAGGGAAAAAUUUAUACCACAGACUUAUGACCUUUGGCCAAAAUAGGACUAUCUAGCAGUUACAGGAGAAUGGGAAAAUAUAUACUCUUCAAUGAACCUUCUCUGAUGUGGCUUGCUAUUCUCCUCCCUGGAUGUCAAGGACUCUUGUCAUAUCAAGAGAAAGGUUUACAAAUAUGCUAGCUUUAUUCAGUAAGGAAGCUAGGCAUUUCUUGUUUUCCUCUCUCAGUCUCUCUGCAGGAAGCACUCCAUUCAUUGCACAUACCCAGAUAAGGACCCCUGCUCUGAUUUAUGAAAUUCAGGUGAAUCUCUUUGUAUAUUGUUUACGUAUUAAGAAAAAAAAGUAAGUUAAGUAUGUGGAAAUUAUUUUAUUAGCUGGUGGAAACAUAAGACUCUGAUUGUUAAUUAAAGUUUUGUGAAGUGUGGUAUUUUACAUGUUUUAUAUAUGUCAUAGAUAAUGUAAGACUAUGUCAGCAUCUGGUAUGAUUUUAAAAUUUCAAAAAAGGAUUCCUAAGAUGUUUUUACGAUUGAAGAAAAAGCAUAUUGUUUCUUAAUAAAUAUUUUAUGGUGUGAA